ACAUUCUAACAUAUUUUUCUGGUGAAUAAACAAGGUAAUGUUAAUUUUCUCCUAUUGAAACAGAGGUAAUUUCAAACAGCAAUAGAAAUCCAGUUGACUGAAUCUUCAAAAUGGCUUUGAAUGAGGAAGUUAUUCUCAUCGUCUUGGCUCUCGCCCUUUGUUCCUACGUUUCGAAAGCGACGAUGAUCGACUCGGUUUGCUACGACGAUGCCGAAUCCCUGUACGAGGUCGAAAUAACGGAAAGUCUAUCACUGGGCGACUACCGCGGCAAAGUCGUGUUGGUAGUCAAUACGGCUUCGUUCUGUACUUAUACAUACCAGUAUCCAUUCAUCAACAUACUACAGGAUCAAUUCGGUGAUGAGCUAGCAAUCUUAGGGUUUCCUUGCAAUCAAUUCGGACUUCAGGAGCCUGGUGUGGGUGAGGAGAUCCCCAACACCCUCCGGUACGUGCGACCCGGAGGGGGCUUCCAACCAAACUUCUAUCUCAACGAGAAGAAGAUUGAUGUGAACGGACCCAAUGCUCACUCGCUUUUCACAAAGCUAAAGACUUCUUGUCCACCGGCAAAAAGGGAGCUCGGUGAUCCAUCACGUCUAUACUGGUCUCCAAUGGUUGUCGGUGAUAUCACCUGGAACUUCAACAAGUUCCUCCUCGACAAGACAGGUGUUCCCUUCAAGCGUUACGAUUCCGCUGUCGAACCCAAAGAGAUCGUUGACGACAUCCGACUUAUUUUGAACGACGGAUAUCGAACGGUCGAGCGCCCUUCACGUCCAUACUAUUACAGUGAUGAGAUGUAAACCUGAUUCGGCUGAACCAUAAGAGGGGGCAUAAUUUUUUUCCUUCACAUCCUCCUCCUCCUUCUUCAUCUUCUUUCUUCUUAUUAUUUCUUCUUUCUUCUUCUUCUUUUUCUUCUUCUUCCUUCUUCUUCUUCUUCUUCUUCUUCUCCUUCUUCUUCUUCUCCUCCUCCUCCUCCUCUUCCUCACCCCUCUUCCCAAUUUAUUUUCUUCAUGUUUUGUAAACUCUACUACUUUGUCUUCAUCUAUUAAUCAUCGAUCUGAUGGUGCCCCCCCCCCCCAUCUUGAGAGCUGGAUACAUCUUUCUCGAUCUGUUUAUCUAUUAAUCAGGCCCCAAAAGGCAAUGGUCACUCACUUCAAGUCAUGUUCUAAAAUUUGCCAAAUCCCACAUUUCCCUAAGAUUAAGAUCAAGUUUGGCUGAACUCGUGGCGUUGUUUAUUGACAAAGUGUCUUUAAUAAUUUUUCAUUUGACAUGACAUAUUCACAGAAGUGCAUGAUUUAGACAAGUUGCAUGAAAGCAAGAUCAUUUUCGAGUUCAUUCAAAUACCUUGCCAAGAAUGUCUAAUUCAAUCAAGAAUGGUUUUCAGGAGUCUAGGCAUCACGAACGUUGACAAGUGACGAAAAUAGAGAGCUCAUGCUCGUGCCAGGUAUGUGUCCUGUUACUCACAAUUCCUUCUUCAUGGAAAUAGACUGCAUGUUAUGAAUUACAUAUCAGGGGCCCGUCUUACAAAGAGUUACGAUUGAUCCGAUCAAUCGCAACUAUGGAAAGCCAGCAAAGUCAACAGAUAAAAUGCAUGUUUUUCAAAAACAAUUUAAAUAUGAAUGUAUACCCAUAAAUUCACUGAUUUCUUGACAAUUUGGUGUGUUCUCCUUUGUUUACAAAGGACAUUCUGCAAAUUUCCUGUAGAAAAAAAUGAUGAUACUGUUGGAUUUCCAUAGAGUUACGAUUCAUUGGAUCAAUCAUAACUCUUUGUAAGACGGGGCCCAUGAUUAUUUUAUGUAAGCCUGCCCGGUUCUUCACCUCCAUCUAAACCUAUACAUUGUGUCCAUUGACCCAUUUACCAAUAAAAAUCAGACCACCAAUAAAUGAAAUGAA